AUGGACGGAACUGAGCCGUCCAAAUUUAUAGAAAAAAUUGUCCUUGAGAUUCUUAAUCGUCCACGUUUCUGGAUGCAUCAACGACAUUUGCGUCGUAUAGAGGAAUUUAAUAUUGCAAGUUUUAAUGCAAGACAAGCAGCUUAUACGUUUCUUACGCAAUACAAUGGAGAAAAGUUUGUUAAAGCCCAAAAAGCUAAUAUUUUGUACAACAAUGAAGAAAUACAUCUUUGUGUGCAUAAUCUGAUUUAUGGAAUAAUCGAUAACAAUUCAGACAGAAUUUCUGACACCAUGGUCGAAUUUAUCUACCGAAGAGGAAUAUUUAGCGAGAUAACAUGGCCAGCAACUGUAGUCAAACAAGUAGACGAUAAACAAAUGGAAAAUCAUGAAAAUGAACGGUCAAAAUUGAACACAAUCAAACCAGACGAAGCUAAAAUAAUCACACCUAUGCACAUGUCAAAUAUUCAUAUGGAUAAUGAUUAUUCACCGAUUGAUGUUGAAAAGACAGUUGAUGUUAUUAAUUCGAAUAUACCAUGGAAAUCAUACCAUAAUCUGGAUGAUGAUGAUGAUCAAUUUUCAUCAGUGCUAUCUACAAAGGAAAAUGUCGGGAGUCCGUUAGAUGAAAACAGUCAAGAUCGCCACUCGACUUCUGCUUUGAAAAGACUCAUUAUCAGUGAUGAUCGAACAUUUCACUCAAGUCAUGCCAUAGAUGAUGAGAAUCAUUUUCGAAGUUCAAUUCAUAUUCAUAUUAAUCAAAUUAAGAGUCUCUAA